AUGUCGCCAAAAGCGGAAAGGAAACUGUUGUUUCCAUGUACAGCUAAUGAACUCAGAGAUGGCGCAGAAGCUCGAGUUGGCUAUCUAAAGAAAGUGAUAAUAAUAAUACCAGUGCUAUUCAUUGUUGCUUUCGGAGCUAAAUUGAAUCAGUACUUACCACCCAGACCAGAAACCGACAAUAUACAGUUUCAACCACCAGCAUUACCGAAUCAACCGAUCCCUUCUAGUAACUUACCUGAACGACAGUUUGGACCUUCAAAAGCUUCCGAACAAUCUGGACAAUCUAAGAGUCCGUUUGGACAAUUUGCUAAAAAAAAUUCACCAAAUCUAGGUUACAAUCAAGUUGGGCAGCUUCCCAAAAAUAACGUUAAUAUAGCCCCAGAACAAUAUGAACAAACUUCUAAUCCUUUCGGACAAUUUUCUCAGAAAAAUACUUUUAAUACCAACAAUGGUAACCCCAGCAGACAGUAUUUACCUCCCAAUAAUAAAGAUACUUCUGUACAAAGUUCAAAUUCAGUUGGACAAUUCCAAAUUCCCAGUUUUAAUUCUAAUGGAUAUAACAAAGAAGAAAAUAAAGGUUUAAAUCCUAAAGCUAAUUCACAAAUCAACUCAUUUGGACAGUUUCCUAAUCAAAGGCAAGGUUAUAAUGUACCAGCUGGUGAGUUCAACGGACAAUUUCCUGCUGGGCAAAGUAUCACUGGACCUCAAUCAGCUCCAGUAGGCUUAAUCAGAUCCGAAUUCAAACCUGAUUCUGGUGAUGGAUAUUACAAUUAUUUAUACGAAACAGAAAAUGGAAUCACUGCUGAAGAAGAGGGUGGUGAAAAGAAUGACGGAAAAUCGGCUCAAGGUAGUUUUUCCUAUACUUCGCCUGAGGGUGAACAAAUUACGAUAGAAUAUACCGCUGAUGCAAAUGGAUUUGUCCCUAAAGGGUCCUACGUACCUGAGAUUCCUGAAGCCAUUGCGAAGUCUAUUGAAUUGAAUAAAGCUGCUGAAGCUCGAGGAGAAUAUAACGAAGGCUCCUAUAGAGAUGAAUACAAUGACGAUUCCAAUGGAAACAAAGGAAAUGCUCAAUUUAGCUCGUUCCAAGGUCCUAAUGCUUAUGGAUACCAAAAAUCUGGACCUACUAGAAACAAUAAUUUCGCGGACCAAGGUACUUUUGCUUCUGAAGAUAACAAACAAGUUUCUCCAUUUGGACAGCAAAGCAAUGGCAUUUCUUCAUAUGACCAGAAAAUUAAUGGAGUUCCGAAAACUUUAGCACAACAAAGUUAUAGAUCUCAAACACCUCCAGGGCAAAAAGGAACCCAACAAAAUAACAAACAAUUACAAUCUUCUUUGAGACAACAAAACAAUGGUCCUAAAACAUCUUUUGGACAAAAUUAUGGCAGUAACCAAUAUUCGGCACCUGUUGAAACCAACAUUCCUGAUCAAGGUACUUUUGCUUCCCAGCAAAACAAACAAGUAACACCAUUUGGGCAACAAAACAAUAUUCCUUCCACUUCUUUUGUACCUUACAAUAAAGCCCCAGUCACUUCUUCUGGAAAUAAUAAUGAUCUUCGUCCUUCUGGACAACAAUAUAAUGUUCCAGCUACUUCUUUUGGACAGCAAACUAAUGUACCUAAAACUUCUUUUGAACAAAACAAUGAUGAUAUCAAUGGCUACCAAUAUGCUGCACCUGGAAAGAAUAACUUUGCUGAUCAAGGUUCUUUUGCUUCUCAGCAAAGUAAACAAGUAACUUCAUUUGGACAACAAAACAAUGUUCCUUCUACUGCUUUUGGAAGUCCAAAUAAAUUUCCUUCUACCUCAUUUGGUAAUAAUAAUAAUGUGGGUACUUUUAGACCACAAAACGAAGGACCAAAAACUUAUGGACAAAGCAAUGACGAUAUUAAUGGUUACGAACAAUCGGCACCUGGUAAUUAUAACUUUGCUGAUCAAGGUACUUUUGCUUCUCAACAAAACAAGCAAAUAACUCCAUUCGGACAUCAAAACAAUUCACCUGCUACAUCUUUUGGAUCUCAAAAUAAAGCUCCAUCUACUUCAUUUGAGGAUAAUGUUUCUUUUAAGCAACAAAACAAAGGGCCUAACGUGAACUUCCAGUAUGACGAACCUUCUGGACAAUAUGGGACCGUACAGGAUAGUCAGGGUGGAUAUAAAUAUUAA